AUGCUACUGACUGGAUCUGAGAAGUUAGUUCCUGUAGUGGCUACUCAGAGGUCAGUGAGAGAAUUAAUUAUUUUUCUUGACUUAGUUCUAGGUAUGGUCUUCUUCAUGCAGACAGGAGCUGGUCUACUGGGAAAUUUCUUCCUACUUUUCCAUUUCACCUUUACUCUCCUAACUGGCAAGAGGCUGAGACCCAUAGACUCCAUUUUUUUCCACUUGGCCUUGGCCAACUCCAUAGUGCUAAUUUCCAAGGGAGGCCCUCAGACAAUGGUUGGCUUGGGGCUGACAAUCUUCCUGGAUCGUAUUCGGUGUAAACUUAUUAGUUUCCUCCACCAAGUAGCCCAUAAUCUUUCUGUCAGCCUCACUUGCUUUCUGUGUGGUUUUCAGAUUAUCACCAUCAGUCCCUUUUCUUUUUCUAUGUGGCCAGAACUCAAAACCCAUACCUCAAAGUACAUUUUCCCAUUAUGUCUCUUCUUCUGGAUCCUACACUUAAUGAUAAAUAUCUUUAUGUUUGUGAAUAUGAACAGCUUUACGGAACACAGCAACAACACAAAGAUAUGGAAUAUGGGAUUCUGUUUAGAAUAUGCUUCAACCUCAUUUAAAAUCUUACAAUUUAUAAUUAUGUACUCUAUUCCUGAUUUCCUGUGUGUGGGAUUUAUGAUCAUGGCCAGUGGUUUCCUGGUGCUUCUCCUACAAAGACACCAUCGACAAGUCCAGCACAUUCACAGCUCCAGCCUCUUGUCAAGAAAGUCACCUGAGAUUAGAGCCACCUGCACCAUCUUGGUGUUGGUGAGCAUCUAUGUCUCCUUCUAUUCAGUUAAUUCCAUUUUGUCAUUCUAUCUUUUUCAGUUUGAUAAAUAUGAUCAGUGGUGGAUUCCCAUAUCAGCAUUCUUGGCUGCAUGUUAUCCAGCCUUCAGCCCAUUUGUGCUUAUCAGCUCUGAUUCCCAAAUUCUUUAUUUCUUUUGCUCACUUUGGGGAAAGAAUAGAUCCUAA